AGUAGAUGGACAACAUAAUCAUAGCAACCAGCAGACAGGAAAAUAAGCAUCAUUUAUUUAUUACUUUGGCAGAUUUCCUGCAAGUAAUGUAAAAAUGACACUAGAAUACAAAACCGCUAUUAAAUUCAGUCAAAUUUGUAAGAAAGCAGCUUUAAGUAUCUGUGUUAUGCAUGAGCUGCUGCCCGGCUGUCCCUUCAGACCUGCAGAUGGAGAAGAAACUGACUUGUCGGAGAAUGAAAAUGACAGAUAUGGCAAUGAUCUUGCUCUUAGGAAGUUACAUGAUGAUCUUGGUUACAUAGAAAAAAUACUGUUUGACCUAGCAAAUGAACUGGUUGAAAAACAGAGCUUCAGUUGUUUGGAGAAAUGUAUUGCAUUUGAAAAAGAAGAUCACAAGAAAAAGGCUGAUUUCAUUGCUCUACUUCAAGGACAUAAGUGGAAAGCCAAGCAUUUUCAGAAAAGCAGCAAAGUACAUGGCCUACAAAAAGAUUUAAAGAAUGUUAAACAAGACACUCAGAAGCUGCUCCAAGCGAAGGAUCAAGAGAUAUCAGAUCUGCUAAUGGCUAUCAGUGAUGCAAAACGGUUAAAUCCUAAAAGAGAAGCGUAUGAGAGAAAAGUGGCCAGAGUUCAAAUAGAGAAUCUUCAGUUUAGAAUAGAACAAGAAGAGCAAAGCAUCUGUAAGGAAAUUGCCAAAGUAGGGCGUGAAAUUCCACAAGAAAUACGGGUCCACGAUGCCCUAACAGCUUUCUUGAAAGAGAGUUGUGCUAAACUAGAAACCAAAAUAUUGGAAUGGGAAGAGAAAUUUAAAGAAGACACUCAGAAAAAGAGGGAAGAGGUGGCUAAAUGGCAAGCAGAGGUUCAAAGCAAGCAGAGCACCCUAAAUGAAGUGAUACAGAAGUACGAGGAGUACUUGGUUGUGGUGCAAGACUACGAAGCCGAGCAGGAGGUAGAGCGUCAGAGAAAAGAACUGGAAGAUCUGAAGCAGCGAGCUGCAGCCAGGAUACAGGCCUGGUGGAAGGGAUAUCUGGUCAGGCGAGGAAUGUCCUCAGGAGUUAAAAAGAAAAAUAAGAAAAAUAAACAAGUGAAAAAGUAAAUUAAAAAAAAAGAGGAAACAAAUAUAAAAGUAUAAUGAAAAUCAAAAUAAACUAUGUUAAUUGUGAUGUGUGUAGAGUAUUUAGUAAAACUGGUUUUAUGUCCCUGAUCAAAGGUGAGCAAAAAGUGGCAAUUUGGAAUAGCAAUAACAUAGCUUCCCUUCAUGUUGAGUGCCUUGAUACAAGUGAAGGGCUACUGAUUCAAGGAAUUGAAACUACCUUCUUGGUUGACCACUUCACUUUACCCAUGUGCUGGUUGACUCCUAUGGCUUUUGCACUUCCUUGUGAUUAUAAUGGUAGUAGUAGUAGUAGUUGUAAAAUAGCUAGUGUUAGAUCAUUACACAACUUGCAUAUCUCUCAUAGUCUGUUUUAGAGAAAAUUAUUGCAUUGUGUAGGCUGUAAGGCCACAAAUUUUAUUACCUUUAUAAUACUGAAUCAGAGACCAAGUAAUUAAAAGUAAAUAUUAACAGAAGCCCUAACUAUACCCCAAUGGCAGGUAGUCUAUACAAGGACUGAAGAGAAUGGCUUAACUUCUACCCCCUAACAAACUUUCCUAUUACAUUUAUAUGAUUAAUGUCUUCAUUGAAAUUGUGUAGAGGAGGUAAUUCUAAUUUGUCAAGAUUCUCUAAUGAAAUUCCACUGGUAGUGAAAUAUACUUAAAGUAUACAGUAUUGCAGUCAAAGCAAUUGUGGUGUUUGUGAGGAUUUCAUCUUAUAAUUUUUUCAGGCAAAUUGUCACGGGAGAUGUAAUGGGCUUCUUGCACUUUUGUGUUAUGUAAUCUGCAGCCCACCUUUCUCUCUGAUGUUUUCCGCUUUUCUGCAGACUCAUUCUGUGAGUCGUUAACUGACAUUGAUUUACUGCAUCAUCUGUGAACUCUCAUCUAUUCAGCUUCUGU